ACCCGGAACUGCGUGCCGAAGUAGAACAGGCAGUCUUGCAUGCGGGUUUGGUCAGAGUGUGCCUUGCGCUUUUCAUUCAAAGGGGAGGGGGCGUUUAGGUGGACCAGACCAUGGGGAAAUUGAACGUCGUUUUGCUUCGAUACCUUUCCCGAGACCACUUCAGGGUACUAACUGCGGUGGAAAUGGGCAUGAAGAACCAUGAAAUAGUCCCUCCUAGCUUGAUUGCUUCCAUUGCCAGUCUCAAACAUGGGGGAUGUAACAAACUUUUGAGAGAAUUAGCAAAGCACAGGCUCUUAGCUUAUGAGCGAACCAAAACUGUCCAGGGUUAUCGACUAACUAAUGGAGGAUACGAUUACCUAGCCUUGAAAACUCUUUCUUCUCGACAAGUUGUCUGUUCUGUAGGAAACCAGAUGGGUGUUGGAAAAGAAUCAGAUAUUUAUAUUGUUGCAAAUGAAGAAGAACAGCAACUUGCAUUGAAGCUGCAUAGGCUUGGGAGGACAUCAUUUCGCAACUUAAAAAACAAGCGUGAUUACCAUAAACACAGACACAAGAUGUCGUGGCUUUACCUGUCACGUCUUGCUGCAAUGAAGGAAUUUGCCUAUAUGAAGGCUUUACAUGACAGAAAAUUUCCUGUUCCAAAACCACAUGACUACAAUAGGCAUGCCGUAGUAAUGGAACUUCUCAGUGGUUACCCCUUAUGUCAAGUGCAUCACCUCAAAGACCCUGCCUCUCUAUAUAAUGAGCUAAUGGAAUUAAUCGUAAAACUUGCCAACCAUGGUUUGAUCCAUGGUGAUUUCAAUGAGUUCAAUCUCAUGUUGGAUGGUGAAGAUCAAAUCAGAAUGAUUGAUUUCCCACAGAUGGUGUCCACUUCUCACCCAAAUGCUGAAUGGUAUUUUGACAGAGAUGUUAAAUGUAUUCGUGAUUUCUUUAUGAAGCGUUUCAGCUAUGAAAGUGAACUCUAUCCAACUUUCAAAGAUAUUAGAAGGUCAUAUUCUCUUGAUGUCGAAUUUGCAGCCAGUGGUUACACCAAAGAAAUGCAGGAAGAUGAUGAACUUCUUUACCCAGCUGGUCCUCACGAUGAGGGCAACGAAACUGAGCUUUCUUCCAGUGGUCAAAAUUCUGAAGGAGAAAUAACACUAUGUAGUGGUACAGAUCAAGAGACUGAAAGAGACUUCAAAGAUGAGGAAGAUGAUGUCUCUGAAGAUUUGGUGCAAAGCAGUGAAGAAGACAGUACAGAUGAAAGUGAACAAAAUUUAGAUUUGCGGGAGUUCAGCUGUGCCUUGAAACAAGUUAAAGGGCAAAUUGCUGCUGCUGGAGACAUGGCUAAUGCAGACAGCUCUGUAAUUGAUUCCUUUAAGGAUAAAAAGAAAAUCGAAAAAUCCACUAAAAUUGAAGAUCAGGCAGGUCAAGAAGAAGAUCCUGCUGACAAAGAAUAUGAAGAUGAAUGCCCAGAUCUGGUUGACUUGUCAACAUUAAACAGAGAAUUCAGGCCUUUCAGAGAUGAGGAGACGCUGUUUCACACCAAUGACCACAGGACAAGAACUACUAGUAUGUCUUCAGUAGGCAGUAUGGCAAGCCUUUCAACAAUUCCUCCAGAAUUGAUAAAACAAAAGAUAAAGCGUCAGCUGACGAAACAGCAAAAAGCUGCUCUGAGACGCCGGCUGCAGAAAGGAGAAGCUAAUGUUUAUACCAAACAGCGGCGAGAACACAUGCACAACAUCACGUCAAGUUUGGACGCAGCUAGCUUCUGGGGCUAACACCCUACAGAAAUAUUUUCCUUUCUUUGUGCCUUGCAAAUCAAUAAAAGAUGACUUUCUGUUUAA